AUGUAAUGUGAUAAUUUAAAAAUCUCGGAUAAUUUCUUUGAGAAAUAUCCUGAUAGAGUGUAUUUGAAUAUAAUUAUUAGACCAAUUUUAUUAUAGAUUAGUGAUAGAUCUAGGAUGUAAUUUCAAGAUGGAACUAAAAUUAAAAAAUAUUUAAUAAGCAAAUCUGAUCAUUUUUAUCAUUUCCUUUAAAUUAUUAGAGAAACACUUCACGUUUAAUAACAUGAAAGUUUAUACUUAUUUAUUAAUAAUUCUGGUAUGAUAAAAGCAGGUAUAAUGAUUUAUAUUUUUAAGAAAGUCAAGUAGAUGAAAUUUAUAAUAAAUUUAAAAGUUCAGAUGGAUUCAUGAGAGUUUAAUUGACAGAAUAUCCUUCAUUUGGUUAAGCAUGA